CGUGCCGGAGUGUAUCGUGAAGAUGGACGGAGACGCAGCUCACGGUCCAGCGGACAGUAAAGCGGGGUUUGUGCUCAGUAAUGUGGCUGAAGUCGUCGAGAGGAUCCUGACCUUCGUCCCCACUAAAGCGCUCUUCAAGACAGCGAGAGUGUGCAGGCUGUGGAGGAACUGCGCGCGCAGAGUCCUGCGCAGUCAGCAGAAAAUGACCUGGUUGUCUGCAUCUGGAUCAUCCAGAUAUGAAGAACAUGUUCUCCUCGGAGCAAUGAAAGAGGGCUUGGAAAACAUCUUCCUGCUGCCUCAGACAGCUUUAUUAAUGAUAGACAGUGAAAACUUCAGUGGGCGUAAUGGUUCUUUUAGACACAAAAAAGCCAGGAGGUGUGAGGAGGAGGGGGACUUGGACACCAUGGACAAACUGAGACGUUUGCUGCCUCGAUCUUGUGACAUCGUAUGUGCCAUCACCCCAGGGGUUGUGUUGACCCCUAGUGGCCAGCACCGUGCACCGCCGCAGGAGUUCAUGGAGGGGGAAGCAGGUUUCAGCCUCCUGUUUCCUGCUGUGGAAGGAGUUCAUAUACGAUCAUUUCACUUCUGCAAAAAUAGUCUCACUAAGAGCGCUUUGGAGGAAGCAGGGUUGGUGGGGAACCCUGACAUGAAGGUGGUGCUGCUCUUUGGCUACAAUGCCUUUAAAUCAGGAGGUGGGCGUUUCCUUAACCAGCUGCUGGAGCCUCUGGCCCACAGUAAUGUUCUUGUUGCUGGCGGUCAUGUGGAAAGGGUCUUCCCCCAACGCAAAGACUGCUGUUUGCCAGGUUCGUUUGGGGUGCUGGGUCUUGCUAUGAGUGGCUCCAGGAUCCAGGGCGCGUCUGUGCUCCUGGACCAGGACGUCAGCAGCCCCAGUGCAGCCGAGGCCACCAUACGACGGCUGAAGGCUGCGAACAUCCCAGAGAGGAACACUGUGGGCUUCAUGUUCGCCUGUGUGGCCCGUGGUCCAAACCACUACAACAACCAGCACAACGUGGAGGCUGACGCCUUUCGCAAGCUCUUCCCCUCCGUGCCUCUAUUUGGCUUCUUUGGAAAUGGUGAGAUCGGCUGCGACCGCAUUGUGAAAGACAGCUACACACUGAGCGAGACAGACGCCAGCGGCCUACAGCACGGCUAUACCACCAUCAUGAGUCUGGUGCACCUGGGAUGAUGUGCGUACAUGCAGACACACACACGCACACACACACAAGAACGAUUCUGAGGUUUCCCUAACCCCAUUGCUGGAUCUGGCCUGAAUCCUCGCUGUGGGGGUGGUUAGGUUUAGGGUCGCUGUGGGGGUUGUUAACCACUGGAGAGGAUCCAGUUAUUCUCUUAGUAGCUUUCUCUUUUAUGUUCUUAAUUAACGAUAAACUGUUGUGUAUAUGAACAGGACAGAUGAUUUUGUGGUAUGUCUGUUUUGGCAUGGUGCUAACACUGACUUGAAAAUGGACUUUUUACAUCCGUGUUACAUAAUGUACAUUAUUCUGGUGUGCAGGGGUUCAACUUUUCUACAAUAACCACUGCCAUGUAUGUAAGGGUUGCUUCUACUCUUAAUGGGAAGGUGUUCUGUAGAGAUCAUCUCAGUAAUAAUUUACAAGUAUGAAAAAAGUGGCUUAAUUUGAAACUACUCUGGUGUGCCUGGCACUUGUAUGUUAAAGUAGUUGCUAUCUUUACAUAAGUCUGUUUUCCUAUUGCGUGGGAACUGAAUGGAAUUGAUUUGUUCUAUUGAUCUUUAUUUUUAUAAUUUUUUUUUUUAAAUUUUUUUUUUGCGCCAUUUUCUUUUUCUUCUGGAGGGCAUUUACUAAUUACAAUAGUGCAGUUAGUCACUGUAAACAUUCCUAAUCCUUUAUUGUACUCAGUUAAAUGAAUAGGCUGCACUCCAAUGACUGUGUGUGUGUGUGUGUGUGUGUGUGUGUGUGUGUGUGUGUGUGCUUUCAGUGUUAAACUUCUUAAUAAAUUAGAAUUAUUUUUCUUUAGUUCAGAGAUGUGCUGGCUUUCAUUGUUUCACUGUCUUUGUCUAUUUGGGGAAAAUGUACCAUCACAAACUUCACCAGCAGAUGGCAGUGUUAAGGGGAGAUGCAAAGUAUGCCACAAAUUACAUUUAUUUAUUACCUUUACAUUAUGGGAGAGAGGGCCUGAUUGCAUUCCCGUUUAAGUGGAGUCUGUUUUGGUUAACUGAUUAAAACAAUUCCUGAAACAAUUGACUGAACCGUCACAUUUUGAUCAUAACCAAUAUGCUUUAGCAGGUGAAAUAAAAUGUAAAUUUUAAAGAUGGAAAAUAGAUGGAAUAUUUAUACAACUAAAAUCAAUCCCUUAUUAAAAAAGAAUUUGUUUCUAAAUGGUGGUUUGUGCAAUUACAGUGCAUUUUUUUGUCCUACUGAAUGCUACCCAAAACAUGAUCUAAAUGAGACUCUGAAUUAGCUGUUUAUUGUUUCUUCUUUUGACGUCCUUGUGGAUCUCCAUAAGUACAGAAAUAUUUGCUUUGGGUCAUUGUGUUUUAAUUCAAUUGUAUUUUUCAGCUAUAAAAACACAAAUGCAUCAUAUAUAUCGCAUAUGCAAUGUUAUUUUGUACAGUUUCUUCCAAAUAUACCAAAGCCAAAAGCCUUUGUGCUACAACAGUUUGAGGACUGAUGGAAAGUAAAAGCCUUUUUGACCCUUUCACUUUGUCCUAAUAGCUUCUAUUGAUUACAAAAUAAAGUCAGCAACUCAGUGACAUGCA